AUGCUGCAAAAGUUAUUUCGCUCAAAGCCUACGUCUAAGAAUGAAGACGACAAACAUGCUCAAUCCUUACUAGGAACUGACCCUUGGUCUCCUCCGCCUUUCAACACUAAUCAAAUACGAGUAAUUGUCUGUCAAGAUACUGGCGAUAAGACAAAGCUGAUUUUAUUCGAUUCUGCUUAUUCCACACCUCUUAAUACCUCUAAUACCUCUGAUGACCGGGAUCAUGCAAAUGUUGAACCCUCAACUUGGAGUGGUGUUAAUUUUCUGAGCGGAAACUUUUUACCAAAGUCAAGUAGCGCAAUAAAUAUAAAAUCUUCUACUCACUCUCGUAUUCAGAAUUUUACUCAUGAUGAGGGUAAACGAAGAAGUUUGGAUUCUCCAAAUCCAAAUCAAUCACAUGCUAAUACAUUACCACAAUCAAAUCGUGGUAAUCUAAGAAAG